AUGGGUGUAACUGGUCUUCAUCCUCAGUUGAAGGAGAUACAAGUUAAGACUCAGCUACUGAAAUAUAAGGGACAAACGUUAGCUGUGGAUACUUACGGUUGGUUACACAAAGCUAUAGUUAGUUGUUCCCAAGAAUUAUGCUUAAAUCAACCAACUAAGAAAUAUAUUACCUCUGUAACUAAGAAGGUUGAAAUGUUACGAUAUUUUGGUGUGGAGCCUUAUUUGGUGUUUGACGGCGCAAGUUUACCCACUAAAGCUGCCACCAAUUUGGAAAGAAGGUUGAAAAGAGAAGAAGCACAAAAGAAAGCCAAUGAAUUAAUGAAGUCAGGUAAUAGUAAGUUAGCUUGGAAAGAAUUCAUGAAAGCUGCCGGAGUCACUUCUCAAAUGGCUAAAUCUGUAAUGAUUGAAAUGGAUAGAUUGAAUGUUAAGUAUGUCGUUGCACCUUUUGAAGCAGACCCUCAAAUGGUUUAUUUAGAGAAGAUUGGAGUAGUUGAUGGAAUUUUGUCUGAAGAUUCUGAUUUACUUAUUUUCGGUUGCAGGAGAUUAAUCAGUAAAUUGAAUGAUUUUGGUGAAUGUAUUGAGAUAUGUAAAGAUGAUUUCCAUAAAGUCAAAACCAUCACAGGUUUAGAAAAUUUCACUCAGCAACAAUUACGUUUAGUUGCAAUGUUAUCAGGAUGUGAUUAUACUAAAGGUAUCCCUGGUAUUGGGAUAAAGACUGCAUUCAAUCUUGUAAAGAAAUAUAAUGAUAUAAAUCGAGUUUUAAUGGCUUUAAGAGCAGAUGGGAAAACCCCACCAGCAACUUUCAAUGAUGAAAUGUUGAAAGCUGAUUUGGCCUUCCAAUACCAAAAAGUUUAUAAUCCUAAGACCAAAACAUUAGAAACUUUAUUCGAAUAUCCUAAUGAUUUUGAUAUUGAUAUGGAGUUGGUUGAAAGUUGUUGUGGAUAUACAUUAGAUAAUGAAACUCAAACUAAGAUAGCUAGGGGAAUUAUUCAUCCAAAUACUCAUGAGCAAUUAGUUUCUAGAGAACAAGAUUUGACCAGUUUAAAAAGUAAAUCUGUUACUAAUGGUAUUGCAGUAAAAUCCUCAUCAAUGAAUAAAUCCAAUAGUUUCCCUAAACCACGGAAUACUAUUGACAACUUCUUUAAUGUUAGAGCCACAUCCGUUCAGAAGACGACAGCCGUCAAUAAAGUUGAAACCAUUGUCAUGAAAAAAGUUGAAGUUACAGAAUUAUCAAGAGAACCUACUUCACCAAAAAUUAAAUUAUCUCCCCAAGCGAAAAGAGUUAAAACUUAUGAAAUGCCCAUUGAAACUCCGAAAUUAAACACUAGUAAAUUUUUUGAUUCUUCAGUGUCAUUGGCUCCAACACCGGUUACCACCAAUAAUCAAGAUAUCACUGAAGAUUCCGAUAUUCCUGAAGGUUCUUCACCAUUUAAAGAAACUAAAAUAGACACCAAGAAUCUUUUAGAUGAUCUCACUGACGAUGAUGAAGAUAUAAAUGAUUCUAUGAGUAAUAUCUCAUCACAAAAGAAGAAACAAACCAUUCAAAAUUCAUCUGACUUUGGGUUAAAUGAAGAAGAUGAAGAAAUUGCCGAAUCACCUGUAAAAGGAAAAUUGCAUAGAUCACCAAUAAAAAUCGACAAUAGACAUUUCAUGGGUGAUCAGAGCCAGCUUAGAAAGAUCUUAAGGGAUACUUUCCUGUAUAAUUCUACUACUAAUAGUAAAUUUGAAAUGCCAUCGAUUUUCAAACACCAAUCAGAUGUGAAUGAAAGUAAUUCAAGUUUAAGUUCAACUUCGUCAUUGGAUUUGAAGUCAGAUGACAUAGCUACCAUAGAAAACGACAUCAGUCAACCCCCAUCCAAAGUUGACAUCAAUACUUCAAUCAGAAGUAGUACAUUGGCCAGAUUUGCAUUUAAUGGAUAG